GCGACGGCGCCAGGGUAAAGAUGGCCGCCGACGGCGUCAAACCGCGCUUAGCACCGGAGCAGUUCAGCGGCCCGGCCCGACCCAGACACCCCGGGGAGCAGCAGCGCGUGUUCACCGCAGUGCCCUUUAUUGUAGACUUCCACAGGUUGCUUCACCUCAAAAACGCAGCCAAAUUCAUAACAGGGGUCUCCAAUCAGGAAUUGGUACACACAGUUACUGCACUUUAUGAUGUCUGUCUUCCCAACAUUGGACCAGAAGAUCUUGGAGCAACUAUCUGUGCCAGAGGAACUAAAACCAUUAUCUUGGCACGAGAUGAGAAAGAGGUAUGCGAGGAGUACAUGAAGAUUGCAAGAACAUCUCUGGUGGAUAUUCCUGACACCAAAUUAUCAAACCAGGAUGAAGAGGAGAAACCGGGGUUGUUUUCUGAGGUCUUCAGUGACUCCGAGAGCAUUGAAGAAGAGUCCGAGACUGAGUCAGAUAAGGAAUUGAACGAACAGGAAGAAAAGCUUAAGGCAGGAGUGAAACACUUUCUGAAGAGUGUGAAAAAGCGUCGUCACCAGAGGUACACAAUGAAGGAAAAUAGUAACAUCCCACUUACAGCAAUAGGAAUGGAGUCCAGAAUUGUUGCUGCUAUGAGUUAUGAACGUUCUGUCACGAAGUCAGGGGAUCGAGUGGUACAGCUAACGCUACUUUCAACCAGGAAACGCUAUCGAGGCUGUGGUGUGGGUCGAUAUUUACUGCAGGUACUGAAGGAUCCUGCAGUUGUUGGCAAGUACGAUGCCUUGUUGGCUCACGCAGACAGCAGUGCGAUAAAAUUCUUCACUCACUGCGGCUUCAGCGAUGAUGUCAUGUUAAACAGAAAAUUUAAGGAAUUUGAAGAUGAUUGGACAUACAGCACCAUGAUGAGCUACUUCCCACCAUUUUCUCUGGGCAAUAAUACCACUUUCUGUGCCUUUCCUGUGGAAGAGAAGCAGAUAAAACUGGAGUUGCAGCUCUGGGGAGAGAAGUCACUCGCUGCCUAUCAGGCGCAGGCUAUUUGCAUGACUAAAAUGUUGAAUGAAAUCACAGCCUUGAGAACUCAGAUUGCCUCUCAGAAAGAGCUGAUUGAUUCACUGACCUCUGAUCUGGAGAGGGCUCAUGAUAUGAAUUUGCAGAUUGAGAAGAAGUUCCUGGACUACAAAGUGAAAAAAAACAGAGAAAUACUGCAAUUGAGCAAUAUAACCACAGAAUUUGAUUUGAGUCUCGGCGGUAAAUGUCUGACUGACACAGACCAUCUGCAGCACACAAUAGAUAGCAGUGACAUACAGAGCUCCCACAAGGAUGACAGCUUAGUGAAGUGGAGCUCAGCUGUGGAUGAGUACAAACUGAUUGAGCAAGGUUUUGCUGACAGUAUGAAGAAAGAAUCAGGACUGAUAAACAAUCAGUUUGAAGUGGCAGCUCUCCUUAAGGCAAAUCUCCGCAAGGAAACUCGGUGUUUGAUAGAAAGCUGCAUGACCAACAUGGUAGAGCCCAUGUACAGAACCACAUUGUAUUACUGUGGGGGACUGGAGUGUCCGAAGCGAAUCCAGCUAAUAAUGGAAGAAGGUUUCUCUGAGGAAGAUUUCACUGAUGGGAUAUAUGGACAAGGGCUGUACUUCUCCCCCAAUGGCUUCACUGCCUCUUUGUUCUCAGUGCCCGGCUCCAUCCUUGUGGCGAAUGUUUGCAUUGGGAAUACAGAGACUGUGAUGACCAAGAACAGAGAAAGAAACUCUCCAUCCAAAGGCUUUGACUCUAUUCUGGUGCCUGGACGUCUUUGUGAUGCAGGGAUUUCAUGUGGUUCAGAUCGAACACAGGAGUAUGUUAUCUUCAACCAAUUGCAGGCCCUUCCCGUGGGUUUGCUGAAAUACAGAAGCACCAGAUCCUGAGCACACUCCUGCAGAUCACUAAGUUCUUCACUCGGCCUGACCAUUCUUGUGUACGAUUCUAAAUGUAUAUUUUUGCAGAUAUACCUCUAAAUAAUGCUGUUUUUCUAUUUUAUAUAUUUAAAUUGCUUGUUCACCGAAUGAUACGUUGCCUGUAGUAUAAAAGAACUCAGUAAAGUAUAUAAGUUGUUAUUGCCAA